CAGCCAUGACUGAAGAAAGAAACGGUGCGCACACGCCUCCCUCGUUUGCCUUCAUCGAAGAAGCAACCCCGGGUACAAGCCGUGAAGGCGGUGAGGGUGCUUCAGGCACUUCCGACGAUUACACUACAUAUCUUCUGCUCUACCUGGAAGCACUGAGUCAAAGGCCAAUAUGUAUGCCUGAUCCUACGAUUUCUGACGGAUACAUCAAUGACGCGUGGGAGGCGUUGAACAGCCGGAACGAUGCCACUGACGUCAAAGAUGCCACUGACAUGGGAAGCACCAAUUACGCGCCUGCAAUAACCGCCGCCAGCACCGAUCACGCCAGGCCCAGUACGGGCCACGCUGGCAUCGAGAAAUUGUCGUCAACUACGAAAGACAUCGCUAGCAGUUCUGAUGACGCCUGGCGUUACCAGUGGAACACGCAGCACAGGCCAAUAACCGACACGACUUACAAACUGGACGGGCAUAUGUACAACACAGAAACCGGGAACACCUGUUUCGUACUUCCGGUCCACAGGAGCAGCGGCGGCGUCGAGAACGCUGGGGCCAGUACAAGCUACGCGCGCAUGGAGGAACCAUCGGACAUUUUUCGAAACGACGCUACGAAUGCUGCUGGAACCGGAGAAAGGGAACCGGAAGAUUGGUCCGGUGUCUGUGUCAGUGUUUCCAGCAGACAGGAUGCCUUACGUGGUCACGACCACGAACACACGGGCGAUAUAGCCCGAACUUGCAAAGCAAGUGAUUCUGUGAAUAAUCCGAAGUUCGCAAAAGAUUUCCGGAAGAGUACAGGCAAGAGCCACCAAUGUGAAACCUGUGGCAAAUCGUUUCGCCGUGCUGGUAACCUUACUGUACAUUGCCGCACGCACACAGGCGAGAAACCUUACAAAUGUGAAAUAUGUGAAAAAUCAUUUCGGCAGUAUAUUCAUCUACAACUCCAUGAGAGCACGCAUACACGCGAAAGACCCUACAUAUGCAAAAUCUGUGCUAAAUCCUUUCGGCGUUCGGAUCACCUAGAUAUCCAUAAACGCAUCCAUACAAGAGAGAAACACAAGUGUCAUAUAUGUGAUAAAUCGUUCAGGAAGUCUGCUCGUCUAGAUAACCAUAUGCGCAUGCAUACAGGAGAGAAACCCUACACUUGGAAAACAUGCGAUAAAUCACUCUCGCACUUAUCGAAUCUUCGUACACACCAGCUCACUCACACUGACGAGAAGCACCAUGUCUGUCAGAAGUGUACUAAAUCAUUCAAAACCAAGCAAAAACUCGCACGUCAUCUCAAGUCGCAUAGCAGGGACGGAGCUUUCAUUUGCGAAAUAUGUAAUCAUUCCUUUGUGAACAACUCAGUUCUCCGUCAUCACCACCAAAGCAUGCACGCGGACAAAACCCUGGCUGAGUCAUAUCGUCUCGGAGAGAAAGAUAACCUUGAUGGAUACCUGUGCCAGAAUAAUACGUGCCAAGUUAGAUUUCGAGACGAGGUUCAACUGAUUAUACACCUGGUGACGCAUAGGGGUGUGCAGCGGUAAUAUUCUGACUACUGCGCAAGUAAGAGGAAAGCCCUGCAAGGAAAAAAACUAUGACAUUCUUUCCCAGGAGUCAGCAGCUAACUAAACGCAUCCGGUGCAGAGGCCGGCUACUUUUGACUUUUAAAACGGCUUAGUAAAAUGCGUGAUGUCAAUGAUGCCAUCUGAUUUCUCGAAAUUAUUAGACAAGACGUCGUCGCCAGAAGUGUUUGGGGCGCUUUAAUGUCGAAGUACACUGCAGACCUUGGCCAGCGCUUACCGUUUGCAUAACUGCAUGUGUUGUUCGUGAACGCAGCUCUAACAAACCUAUUGCAAGACAAAACCUCAUGGGCUGCGAGUUCUGUUUUAUCAUUGACACCUCAU